CCCCCCCCCAGCCCGUCCCUCUGCCUCCAUGACCCGCAGUAGGAAGCAGGCGGCGCUGGAGAGAGGAGCCGGGAAGAUGAACCCAGAGGCGGGGAGCGCCGCGGCCGCGGGAGCUCGGGCGGCGGCGGCGGCGGGGGCAGCCGGCGGCGGAGCGGCGCCUGCCGCCUGGGGGUUGGAGGGGGAGGCGGAGAAAGUUGUGUACUCGCGCUCGCAGGUCUCCUUCGCCGGCACCAAGGCGCUGGGCGACGCCCUCAAGCUCUUCAUGCCCAAGUCCACGGAGUUCAUGAGCUCCGACUCGGAGCUGUGGAACUUCCUCUGCAGCCUCAAGCACGAGUUCUCCCCGGUCAUCCUCCGCAGCAAGGACGUCUACGGAUACGCCUCCUGCCGCGCCGUCGUCCCCGACCCGCCGCCGCCCUCGGCGGAGCGGCCCCGUCGCCGCGCCGGCAAGCGGCGCCUCCCGGCCGCCGACGCCAAGCGCCGGGCCGCGGCGGCGGGUGGCAGCGCCAAGCGGCGAAGGCGGCGGCGGCGCCGCAGGAGGGGACGGGGGCGGCAGCGGCAAGCGGCACCGGCGGCCGACGGCCCCCGCGGCGGGGGGGAGGCGGAGGAGGCGGCGGCGGCGGGGCCGCCGGGCGAGAAGGCGGACAGCGAGCGGGGCAGCCCGGCGGAGGGGGCCGCCUGGGAGCCCUUCGGAGGCAAGUCGCUGGAGGAGAUCUGGAAGGCGGCCACCCCCCGCCUCACCACCUUCCCCACCAUCCGGGUGCGGGGCAGCGUCUGGAGCCGGCGGAGCCUGGCGGCGGCGCGGCGCCGGGCGCAGCGGAUCCUCGGCGUGGACCUGUCUCCCGUGGUGCGGGUGCGCCGCUUCCCCGUGACGCCGUCCUGAG